GAAGACAUUAGGCCGAUAGAAAUGGCGACUCCGUGAAAUGUCGUGAGGGGUGACUGAAAUGGACAUCACCCAAAAAGUGAUAUUUGUACUUUUCUGUAAACUUUUGUGAUUAUUUAUUUAUUUGGAGUACGUGAAAUUAUUCCCUGUUCAAAAAUGGCGGCAAAUAUGUAUAGAGUUGGUGACUAUGUCUUCUUCGAAACAGCAUCAACGGCACCAUACCAGAUCAGAAGAAUAGAAGAACUAAACAAGACACCAAAUGGCAAUGUUGAAGCCAAAGUCAUGUGUUUUUACAGAAGAAGGGAUAUUUCAAGUUCCCUUACAUUACUUGCUGAUAAACAUCAAAUGACAGCAGUGGGUGAUGGCAAUGUGGAUGAGGAAGGGGAAAAGGAAGAGACAGACCAGGAGGUCUCUGACAAACAACGACACCAGCUGAAACACCGCGAGCUCUUCCUCUCGCGCCAGGUUGAAACCCUGCCUGCCACUCAUAUACGGGGGAAAUGUGCCGUCACCCUUCUCAAUGAGACGGAGGCACUUACUUCCUACUUGGAUAGGGAGGACACAUUUUUCUACUCCCUGGUGUAUGACCCUCAACAGAAGACAUUACUAGCUGACAAGGGGGAGAUCAGGGUGGGGUCAAAAUACCAGUGUGAUAUACAACCUCUACUUCAGGAAGGAGAGACUGAUGGUCGAAAUGUGGAGGAGUUGGAAGAGCUGAUCUGGGAUCCAGAAUGUAAACUUGCCGACCGACAGAUAGAUCAGUUUCUAGUCAUUGCACGGUCUGUGGGUACAUUUGCCCGAGCCCUGGAUUGCACGAGCACUGUUCGCCAACCCAGCCUUCACAUGAGCUCUGCAGCAGCCAGCAGGGAUAUCACAUUGUUCAAUGCCAUGCAUACAUUACAUGGGAGUAGUUAUGACAUUGGUAAGGCUAUCGGCAGCCUGGUGCCGCCAGGAGGGCCAGUCCUUUGUCGGGACGAGAUGGAAGAAUGGUCAGCCUCGGAAGCAAACCUGUUUGAAGAGGCUUUGGACAAAUAUGGAAAAGACUUCAUUGAUAUUAGGCAAGACUUUUUGCCCUGGAAAUCCUUAAAGAGUAUUAUAGAAUAUUACUACAUGUGGAAGACAACAGAUCGCUACGUUCAGCAGAAAAGGAUCAAGGCCGCGGAGGCAGAGAGUAAACUGAAACAGGUCUACAUUCCCAACUAUAACAAGCCAAACCCGGCAGCAAUCAAUGGCAAGAUGAAUGGCAUAGAUGGGCAGGUCUCCGGCAGGGCCUGUGAAAGCUGCUAUGCAGCCCAUUCAAGUCAGUGGUAUGCGUGGGGUCCAACACACAUGCAAUGCCGCCUGUGUUCAUCAUGCUGGAUCUACUGGAAGAAAUAUGGAGGACUGAAAAUGCCAACCAGACUGGAUGGUGAGCGGCCUGCCCCAGCCCAGAGGCAGGAGAGAGUGGCCCAGAACAAUUUGUUGCGUAUUCACAGGUGCACCAUAACUGGCUGUGGGAAGGUAGGCAUUGAGUUCCGUUCUAAGCAGCAACUUGCCCGUCAUUUGGCUACAGCCCAUGGGCUGGCUAUUCGGGCGGGCAGCCCGCGGCCGGUGAUGAAGACACGAGCAGCAUUCUGUCUUGUGACCACUUCCCUCACCAGAAUCUCACGCUACUUAUGCAAGGACCUUCUACGUCCCAGGCACGCAUCCCGAUGUCCCUUCAUACCCAUCAACAUCGCUGUUAUCAAACAGGAAUGUCAGGAUAGACUUACAGAGAAGGGAGGUGACUACAAGCUGCCCAAGCAUCUAACAGCACGGACUCGUAUACAGCCUGUGGUGGGGAGGUUAGGUAUUGACGUGAAUCAGGAAAAGCCAGCCAUACUGGAGCGGCCGGACGGACCUGCCAAACAGCCAGACAAGCUCAUGUUUCCACCUCUCUCUCCUUCUAAACAAAAGCCUCUAGAUGUUGUGAACAAGUCUCCAGUCUCUGGUCCUUCCAUCAUGAAGAAGCGUGGCUACGAGCACAGCAAUGGCAUCGACAGUGGAGAAUUAGGCCCCGCAGCAAAGAGACCCAACAUGGGUUUGUUACGUCAGCAGGCCAACCUGGCUCUCAGACAGCAGAUGCGGCCAAAUAUACUAGGUCAGCAUAUAAAUGGGCGUGGUAAGAUGCUUCCCAAGGGUCUUAGAAUCCCCAUGAUCAGCUGGAUAGAUGCCCCGGACGAUGUGUACUUCAUCUCCACCAGCGCUACAAAGAAGAUAAGAAAACAGCUACAGGGUAACGAGUUCCGGCGAACAGCCCGUAAUCCGUGGAGAAUUGUGCGAGUAAAACCACAGCUAGGGGAGGAUGUGGUAGUAUUGGAGUGAACCAUUAGACAUCGUGCUUCUCUGUUGUGAAAGUUGGAACUUUUGGUGCCGAAAACACAUACCUCACCCAGUGUGCAGGUCAUUAUUGAACAUACUGUUGGUUUACUGUUGUCCACGGGAGCAAGACUGGGGACCGAAGGACUUUCUACCGUUCAUCUUGAAAACAAAUCAACAUUUGAAUAAGUUUGUGUUGCAAACUUGACGAGCAUACUGAAUCGAAGGAAAAAAAGUUGACAGUGUUUGAAAGUAUCUCUGUAUGGAGCCAUAUCUCUUAUGGUUGUGGGCUUUCUUCUACAAAGCAGGUCUUGUACAUAUUUAUGUUUUGAUGUCAAUUGUACACUUCUUUGAUUACAAACUGUAUAAUCAAUAAGAGUUUAAAUACACUAAAAGGUCAACAAUAAUUUAACUUCAUUUAAGUCUCGGUGUUAAACCACAGUCAAUGAAUUCAUGUCGUCUAGUAGAUGGCAAACUGUUUCAAAUUUACUGUUAUUUUCUUAUUAAGGAAUGUCAAUUCUUUAAGAAUGUUAACACAUUUAACCCAUGCUCAUUGUUAACAUUAUUUGAUUAUGCAAUGUUGGUUGUUUCUUUGUUGUUGACAAAAACCUCAUGUGCCAAUAUGUGUUGUACACAUGUUGUGGAAAAUCAUACUUAAUACUUGUACCGAAUACUUGCAAACUAACAGGUAUUAAGAAUUACUGGUAUUCAAGAAAAAAACAAGAAAAAUGGCCUCAUUUUUACACAUUAACUUUGAAUGCAAUUUGCUACUCUGUAAAAUUUAUCCAUUGACUCUGUUAAAAAUGCAAUGUAAAUAUUCAGUGUUGUUUUCCAAGACUUGUGUAGUGUUUGACAAAUCCAUUGCUGGUGGGCUACCAAAACUUGUAAUUGUAGCUUACUUAUAAACCAAUACUUAGUGUACAAAGCUGGAACAUGUACUGUUUUCACUUAAUCACACAAACGACCAUGUCACCAUAUCUGAUCAAUUAGGUUAUGUUUUCUUUUCAGAAUGAAAUUUUAAGUUGAUCAGAUUUGCCAUAUCUUCAUUAAUCCAAGCUAAGACGACACAUCUGCACUGUUAACUAUUUAUAUGCAUGCAGGUUAACUUGCCAGACUGGUUUUCAUGGAUAGCUGAGCUGUCACAGUUACUGUACACCUUGCUCAUUCCUUGUAGGUCUGUCUCCAUUGGAGGGGUUGGGGCUCUCGUCUCCAUCGGAGGGUGUGGGGUUCUCAUGCUGUCAAUUGCCCGAGACCUAUACCUGUUACUGUUAGUUUUGCUGUUUUCUACGAUCCCCACUUGUGUAACUCAUUAUCGCAUCACCAUCACAAAAGUCUGUCAAUAUUCCCCAUUCCAUUCACAUUUCAUAAUUUUUGUCUUGCACCAGUGACAGCAGGAGAGCCCCGAUCAUUCAUUCACUAUUUAUUCAUUCUGAUGUCUCAUUGUAAAAGAUACAGCGUAAUAAUAAACUAUGUUUCUGAAUAAAUUCAUGUUUUGUUUACUGUGUUUUAAGAUAAGAUUUAAGAUUUCUCUUUCCAUGACAUGUUCAAUAUAUAAAAAAGGAGAAAAUUA